ACACCUUUCUCUCUCUCCCAUAUUUCUCUUUCGAUUUCCCUUUUGACCAUUUGGCCUGGCAUGGACCAUCAGCGCCGCUCUCGUCCAGAUCUCCUCACACUCUCUUCUCCUGCUCGACCUGUCUCCACAACACCCACACCGGCUGACUACCGACGACAGUCUCAAUCGCCUUUCCGUUACGUUCAGUUUACUGAACUCUCAGAAAAGGCCUCCUCCUCUCAUGUCGAGUUACCUCUCCACCGCGUCCCCUCAUCUUCCUCUUCACGACAACAUCCUUAUUCAAGACCCGACACGCCAAUCUCAUUGACACCCUCAUCGACGGUCACGCGCUCACGGCGUAUCCGAGACCGUUUAAGGCCCUGGCUGCCCAUUAUCUUAUAUGUGCUCAGCAGCCUCAUCUUUGUCGUCGCGAUUGCUUUCUACAAGACAGAGGUCUUCACUUUCCUCGACAACCUUUCCGUCUGGUUACGCGCCGACGAGUAUUUUGGGUAUGCGGUACUAUUCGCACUCAUCUUUAUCACCACUUUCCCGCCAGUACCAAUGUAUUCGACUUUAAUUAUAUUGGCUGGCUACACAUUCGGACCCUGGCUGGGAGCCGUAAUAUCAUAUCUAGCUGCCCUUUCCGGCGCAGUUGUAGUCUUCGCAAUUUCGCGAACACUACUCCGCGACUGCAUAACCCGAUGGCUUAACUCAGCCUGCACUAUCAAACGCGUCGUCCGCGCUGUAGAGAAGCGACCCAAGCUUCUCUUUCUAGUUCGUCUUGCGCCAUAUCCUUACAAUGUCAUGAACUGCCUCCUUGCGGCAUCUCCUACUCUGACAUUCAAGACCUAUACGGUCUGCACUGCUGCCUCACUUCCCAAAGUGAUCAUACACACCAGCCUCGGCGCCUCGAUCCACUCGUUUAAGGACUACCAUUCUGGCGCUGACGGUGUUGCCGAAGACGACAGCGCCAACACAGUUGCGCGGUUAUCCACAAUCGGGGGUCUGAUCCUCUGUGUGGCCAUCUUCAUCUACCUCUCUAUCGUCGCCCGUAGGGCUGUUGAUGAAGAGUUGGGUGACGACGAGAAUGCGGACUCUGAGGAAACAGCUGGUUUCCUGGCCAAUAUGGACGCGGAGUCUGGUGCCCGUCCCAUGGUCCAACUGAGGCGAUAA